AUGACGGCCAACCCGAUUCUUGAUCCGCUUCACUCCAAACUCCGCGCCAUUUCAGCGUUGAGCAUUUCGACAUUACCAAACCACAAGACAGAAAGCCUUUCGUCCACAUCGUCGUCGCUCUCAAAGAUACAGCAAAUAUUUCAGGGGUUCUUAAAGACAGCUUUACGGUACACCAACCCGCAAGAGAGUCAUGCUUCGUUGUUAGUGCAACCCGUCUAGCAGCGAAUCUGGAAAAGAACACAUCUCUUCAAAGGCAACCUGCUGUUCAUUCUGCCAAUAAAGAUUUUGGAGGAUGCGUCGACGCUUGGUUCCUCUGUGUCGCUUAGGAAUGGGGCCAAAGAAAACGUAUAGUGGAAACUGAGAUAGAAAGGGCAUCUCAUAUAUGCCUGCACAGCAAUGUUGCCAUUACCAAUCCGUUGGCCAAGGGGAACGUGACUACAACCGAUUUGGCUGAAAAAAACAUCAUGUACCAGCACUGGAUUGUACACGCGAAUACUCAAUCGUGGAAAUGCACCUUGGUGGCCGUCACGAAAUCGUUCUCCUUGUAAGUAGUUGUG